AUGGAUCUGUUCAAGAGCGUUCUUUCCCCUCUCCUUGGUAGUGGAGGCGCACUUCCCGAUACCCUCAAACUGGUCGUCAUCGGUGGCACCGUAGAGACAGCUCGCAGAGUCUCUGCAUCUGCUUGGAACGGCUUCGUAGACUCUUUCUUCUUGACCGCGCAUUUCAGUCAGGACGAUUAUCCUUAUGACUGGCUAAUGCAUUGGCUUUCGAAGCAACCCGCGUGGGGACGAAGCCGCGAAUUCGAUAUCACUACACGGUCCGCCGGCCGCUUAGCAUCGACCUCGACCGGCGACCUUGAAGAUGACGACGAGGAUGAGCUGCAUGGCCGCAAGAAACGGAAGGUGGCGUUCCUCCCGAGCAUGGACACCAGUCAUACCAUUUACUACCGCGGUCAUUGGCUUCGGAUAACGCGCGCGAAACGCUUCCAGGACUACGGACACUGUGCCGAGCUGAAGAUCAGUGUCGUCGCACGCAAUAAUGAUAUCCUCAAGAAACUCGUACUGGAAGCGAAGAGGCAGUAUGAGAAGGAUGCCGAACACCGCGUGCACAUAUUCAUGGCUGAUACGACGUACGGCGGCUGGAGGUAUAGUGGAUCGCGCCAGAAACGUCCCAUGAGCUCCAUUGUACUCGAGCCUGGUGUGAAGGAGAUGAUCGUGGAAGACUGCAAAGACUUCCUGCGGUCCGAAGACUGGUAUGCCGAAAGAGGUGAACCGUUUCGUCGCGGCUAUCUCUUACAUGGAGUCCCAGGAAGUGGGAAGACGUCUUUGAUACAUUCGUUAGCGGGCGAGCUUGGUCUGGACAUUUACGUCGUCAGCCUGUCUGGGAAGGGGAUGAGUGAUAACAUGUUGACGACACUCAUGGGCCAUGUACCUUCUAGAUGUAUUGUGUUGCUAGAGGAUCUAGAUGCCGCAUUUACGCGUUCCGUGUCUCGGGACAACGGGUCAACGGGUGCCCCUCCUGCUGCUUCGUCGUCAAGCACGGAAACGAACGCGAAGAACACAGAGACUAACGACGGAUCUACUCUUAGCCUGAGCGGCUUAUUGAAUAGCCUUGAUGGUGUCGCAGCUGCGGAGGGAAGAUUGCUUUUCGCGACAACGAACCACAUCGAGCGACUUGAUCCCGCGCUGAGCCGCCCUGGACGAAUGGACGUGUGGAUCAAUUUCAAGCACGCGACCAAGUGGCAGGCAGAAGGCAUCUUCAAGUGCUUCUUCCCCACGAAGAGCUCCUCCGUGUCGCGGAGCGACUCCUGCUCGUCUUCUCUCGAGUGCUCGCCGACGACGCCUCAAGACCCGUCGCAACAGAACAUUCCCGUGCCUAAACGCAAGUCUGCACACUCAAUCCCGCUGCUUGACGACGACGAGCUCUCCGAGCUUGCCAGGAAGUUCGGCGAGGCAAUCCCUGAAGACGAAUUCAGUGUUGCGAGCUUGCAAGGUUACCUUCUGCGCAACAAAUCGCGUCCUCGCGAGUGCGUUGACGAGGUUCAGACAUGGAUCCAGUCCGAGCGUGAGACGAAGGCGAGGCUGAAGAAGGAAAAAGAAGAGGUUAGUUCGUUGCCUUCAUCGCAUUACGGUGCUGACCACCACAUCCAGGCCGAGAAGAAAGAGGCGGAGGAGAAAGCCAAGCGAGAGAAGGAAGAGAAGGCGGCGAAGGAGAAAGAGGAGCGAGAAGCGAAGGAGGCGAAAGAGCGGGAAGAAAAGGAGAAAGAAAAAACCGAGAAGAAAGAGUCGAGACCCAGACUGAAGAAGUCCUCUCGCGGCGAGCUGCACAAGAUCGACACGAGCAUGAGCAAGCCGGCUCCACCGGCAGAGCUUCCGGCGCCUAAACCUCAGCCGGUCAAUCAGGCUACGACCUCCGGCUCCAGCUCCAGCUCUGAAGCUGAGUCGAGUUCUAACACCGGCAACGAGGGGGACGAAGAGAGUGUCACGUCAGAGGAAGAAUAUAUAUCGAACCUCGUCAACGCUUCGACGGAAUCCAAGGAAUGCGACACCAAGACGAAGGAGAAAUGGGUGUCCGUCAAAGGCGAGAGUACGCCCGAGGCUGUACCCGCUGCUGCUGCUGCUUGAUUUCUAUCUAUCUAC